AUGUCCGAAAAGAGCAUGUCAAGUAUUGGCGCCCGCAGAUCCUGCUUCUUGUUUCAAGGCCUUCUUUCGUGCCCACUGAUGGAUUUUGUCAAUGAUCUCAAGAAGUCUGGGCUUUAUGUUAUCGGACAUGUGCGGAAGGGCGAGCUAGAUUCAACGCAGGCUGUUGAUCCACUUCAGCAAGUGUUUCCAUAUUGGUUGUCUCUGGUGGAUUAUCUGAAACUAAAAGCUUUUGUCGAGCUCACGCUUUCCAACAGCAUUCGAGAAGCUUAUGCGACUAUCUGGAUUGGGCGCGAUGAAGCCGAACACAGUAGUGUUAGGAUUCCACGAGGCUACACCCAUAGAUGUGACCUGCAGGAGUCUCAACUUCUAAAGGAUUUGCGUUAUUCAAAGAUUGAUCGUGCUGCGGUGGUCGAGUACUUCACUGCGGGCGAUUUCAUGCCUAAGGAAUUGAAUGGCAAUAUGGAACGGCUGUCAUCGUCAGAAUAUGUUAAUGUUUUGAAAGAUGUGCUGCACAUGACAAAAAGUUUAUGCGUCGCAAGGCACUUUCAUAAAAUGGAUAAGAUAUCUAAUGUGCACAUUCUACUGAUGGUUGGAAUCACUUUCUCAAAAUUGGAACCAGAACGAUACAUGACGUGUGCGUCGACUCAGAGGCCCGUUGAAACAGGGCUGGGUUGGGACAACAGUUCCUUGUUUUUGCUACAGUUAGCGUGUAUCCUUUCAAUGUCAUCACGGUGGCGGUCUCACGCACGCCUUCGAGUGUUUAUAUGCGUCAACAGUUUGCAGGAUAUGCAUCGUCGAGAUCGGCAGCUGAAACAAAUGCUGGACACUUUGCGUAUCAAAGCAGAAUCAAUUGUUGUGCCGUGGGAUCAUGUAGUUUGUCAUUUUCCACAACAAAACGGACCUGCAAUAACAACCCAACGGCCCACGGUUGAGCUACCAGCAUCAUACCUUACCGCAUUCAACGACAUGAUCAAGCGCUACAGCGAGGAGGCGGCAAUAACACUUUUGAAUCUCCCAUUGACUCCGGAUGAGUGUGGAUUCAAUGCUGCAGGUACUGGAUCAAAUUCGCCGUGUUAA